ACGGCGAGGAUAAAGCAAGAUGGCGUCUGACGGUGAAGACGUUAUUGCAGUCGUCACAGUUCAGUGUUCUUAAUCUGUGCGUCCAUGUACACAUAUAUGUCCUUUAUUACACUCUAUUAAAUAGAGUCAUAAUAACUGUUUGUAUAUUAGUCUGAGCGCACUUUGAUGCUUCUCCAGCUAGCUUAGCGUGCUAGUUAGCUUAGCUUGUUAGCUGCUAACAAAGAGAGAUGAAAACACAUCGCUAAGCAGAGAUCAAGUGUGAGUGUAAAGUGUUGUGAUUGUGUGAAAAUGUGCGAAAGAACCAUAGCAGAGUACGAGGAGGAACUUUGUCCAACAAAAGAGGAGAAGGAGCGACAACAUGAAAAACAUCAAGUUGUGUUACACACAACAGACAUCCAUCAGCUGAUUGGACACCAAGAAGAAUGUCUCCCUCAUCUGCAGGGGGACAGUUUCACUUUAGAGGAUCCACAGCCCUCACACUUUAAAGGGGACAAGGAGGAUCCACAGCCCUCUUAUUGUAAAGAGGAAGAGGAGGGAGAGUGUCCUGUAGGGCAGGAGGAGGCUGAUCUCAGCAAGUUUCCACUGACUGUUGUCUCUGUGAAGACUGAAGAGCAUGAAGACAAAGCACCUGAGUCCUCACAGCUUCAUCACAGUCCAAACGUCUGUGAAGAACAUCUUCACCCUGAGCAACAGAAGUGGAGCUUCACGAUGGAGCCACAGCCCUCCCACAUUAAGAAGGAAGAGGAAUACCCACUGAUCCCCCAUUUUAAAAAGGAAGAGGAGGAUCCACUGACACCCCAUUUUAAAGAGGAAGCGGUAGAUCCACUGAGCCCUCACAUUAAAGAGGAAGAGGAGGAACACAGCAUCAGUCAGCAGGGAGAGCAUGUUGAAGGACUGGAGGAGGUUGAUGUCACCAAGAUGCCAGUGACUGGUGUCCCUGUGAAGAGUGAAGAUGAUGAGGUCAAAGGUGAGAGAGAGGCGGAGCCUCCAAGCAGCAGCUCAACUCAACACAUGACAACAGAAGCUGAUGGAGACCACUGUGGAGGAUCACAAGCAGACAAGCUCUUAGCUCCACUAUCAGAUAGUGAGGACACAACGUCACACUCUCCUGACACUGAUGAUGAACACUCUAAAGAUGAUGCAACAUGUCACACUGACAACACACACUUCACAUGUUCUCUCUGUGACAAAACUUUUAAAUACCAUUGUCGUCUGAAAGUACACAUGAGAAUACACACUGGAGAAAAACCUUUUUCCUGCUCAGAAUGUGGUAAAAGUUUUGUAAAAAAUCUAAGUCUAAAAGUACACAUGAGAACACACACUGGAGAAAAACCUUUUUCAUGUUCAAUCUGCGGUAAAGAUUUUACUCAAAAGCACCAUUUCAAAGUACACAUGAGAAAACACACUGGAGAAAAACCUUUUUCCUGCUCAGAAUGUGGUAAAAGUUUUGUAAUAAAUCAAAGUUUAGAAGCACACAUGAGAACACACACUGGAGAAAAACCUUUUUCAUGUUCAAUCUGCGGCAAAGAUUUUACUCAAAAGUACAAUAUCAAAGCACACAUGAAAAUACACACUGGAGAAAAACCUUUUUCAUGUUCAAUCUGCGGUAAAGAUUUUACUCGAAGGGACCAUUUCAAAGUACACAUGAGAAUACACACUGGAGAAAAACCUUUUUCCUGCUCAGAAUGUGGUAAAAGUUUUGUAAUAAAUGAACGUUUAAAAGUACACACAAGAACACACACUGGUGAAAAACCUUUUAUAUGUUCAGUAUGUGGUAAAAGUUAUAUAGAAAGACAGCAAUUAAAAUUACACAUGAGAACGCACUCUGGUGAAAAACCAUACUUCUGUUCAAGCUGCAACAAAAGCUUUCGUCGCCGACAAUCUUUUACAGUACACAUGAGAACACACACAGGAGAGAAAGUGUUGAGUUGCAGUGUCUGUGGUGAAAGAUUCUCUUCUAAGUACCAGUGUAAGAAACACAAGUGUGCUGGUGAGAACAGCAGCAGCAAAUGAAGAUGCAGGAUUUGAAAUAAACUGUCAAAACUUUCACUUUGACUUUCUAACAUCAGCACAUAAAACAUGUGUGACAUCAUUGUUGUGUGUGUAACACCAUCUUGUUAUCAUGCUUCUAACAUUUGUAGAUUAGAUACUUCAGAUUAGUGCUUUUAUUUCAGUCAAGUACAUGAGUUAAUAUACACAUUGUGUACUUUAAAAUGAACAGAACAAUUUGACUGAAAAGGUGAGAAUAAACAGUACAUAAAAUAUGUUACAAUAAACAUUUUAUUUGUAGAUAUUCAUAAUUCACUUUUAUACUUAUUCAUAAUUGGGUUUUAUAUAUGUUUUUUGAAAUAAUGAAGUGUUACAUAUUUUAUUUUCUAAUUCUAGAUGAUUCCAUAGAUGAACUCCUUUAUAUGAUAUACAUCUUUGUUUUACAUGUGUUCAUACCUUUGCUUUUGAGUACUCAUAAAUCCCUCUUAGUUCAUAUUUACUGGUUCACAUCUGAAACAUCUUCUGGACCACUUCUGGAAGCAUAUUAUUAUUGACUUUAUACAUCAUUUGAGCAGUUGUCUUUUAUACAAUUUUAAAAUGUGUGACUUUAUGAAUCAUUUGUUGGGUCUCUAUAAUCCAUUCUAUUAAUUGUCUUUAUUACUCUCUUGUGUAAUAUGAAUAUUGUUGUGUGAUUGUUUUAUAUGUAUGUCCCCAGACCUUUAUGCAAUAAACAAUGUAUGCUUCAACUGAAGUUGGGUACAAUAAAUGUAGUUAAUAUU